UUCUAGGGGAGGGCUUUGUCCCACAAAAUACCGAUUCCUGUACACCAAACGAGAAACUCCCUCUCUCUAUCGUUCGUGUGUGGGUCAUAGAUGGACGGCGACUCCUCUUCACACCACACGAGCCUUAUCGCCUCCUAGAUCUCUCUCGCGUUUCUCCCCGCCGCCCCCUCCUCGAUCGAUUCCAUCGACGCGGCGGCGUAUGCGCGACCUACGAAGCUUCCGACUCCCUCCCUACCUUCGUCCCGCUCCUCCCCACACAUCUCUCCCCGCUCCACACCGCUCCCCAUCGCUCCACGCCACUCCCCAUCGCUCCCGCAUCUACGGUGACGGCGGGAGAUAGAUGCGGUGGAUGGAUGCAGCGACAACAACGAUGGAUGGAUGUUGCGGCGACGGCGGGAGAUGGAUGCAUCGUCAUCGGCUGAGGUGACGGGGAGAUGCGGCGGCGGCGGCGACGACGGCGGUGGAGGAGGAGACGAGGAGAUACGGUGUCGUCGGCGGCGGCGGAGGCGACGGGGAGAUGCGGCGUCAGUGUCGGCGGAGGAGACGAGGAGAUGCGGUGUCGUUGUCGGCAGCGGAGGCGACGUGGAGAUGCGGCGUUGGCGGCGACAGAGGCGACGAGGAGAUGCGGCGCGUCGUCGUCGGCGGUGGAUGCCUCGGCGUCGCGGGGCGCCCGCACCACGUCCUUCCGUGCGUGGUUUCGUGCCGCGUGACACGGUCAAGGCACAAGCCACAACGCGAUGCAGACGCUUCCCCAACUGUCCUCUUUUCUUCUUUUUUACAAGCUCUGGAACUCGCUGUUGUGUCUCUGCAUUUCGGUCUCUGCUGCAGUGCUGCUUCGUGGCGGUUGGUUUCUUGCUUCUUGUUGAUCUUGGAAGAAAGUGUGAUUGUUUGAGCGGCAGAUGUGAUGCGCAAGGCGUUAGCGAUCGAUGGAUGCGGUGCUGUUGAUGGAUCUGAUGCAGUUUUCUUUUCUUGCAGUUUUCUUUUCUUGGUUGUUCUUGGUUCUUGCUAGUUCAUGCAGGUGAAUUCAAAACAUUUUAUUUGGUUGCGGAGAUAUUAUCUUUUCUUUUAGCGGAGAAUGGAUUUUAUCCAUUUUAUUUUAUUUUAUCCAUUUUAUUUGGUUGCGGAGAUAUUAUCUUUUCUUUUGGCGGAGAAUGGAUUUUUAGCAAGCAUCUUCCUUUUUUUUUCUUUUCAGAUUGGAGAGGUCUUUUCUUUCUGUUGUAUAAAAAUCCAACCUUUUUUUUUUUGUCCUUUUUUAUGCGCUGAUGCCUCUGUACGUACUGCAGUACUACUAAUUAAAUAAAGAUGUAGUUAAUGAGGGUAUUUUUGGUAUUUUCACUUUAGCCUUAAACUUGCACCAGGAAUCCAUGAAUCGACUCUUUCCAGUACGGAGGAAGAAAUCUUAUAAUCUUAUAAAGUAUACGUUAGAUGGAGACCAUGUUAUAUGUUAGGUGGAGACCAUGUUAUAUGUUGUUGUCUUAUCUGUCAUAUACUCCAAUGUCAAAUAUUUCUUUGAUCA